AUGACUCAUGGUCAAUCCAUUGAGAUUCUUGAAUCAGGACAAGUAUAUUCGUCAUCGAAAUCGAUCGGUACUUUUCUCUAUCUAAAUCUUUUCAAUCAUCUUCCUAUGCCAAUUCGAAUAUCAGGUGUAGUAGAACGUUGUUGUACAUCUGCUAAUCAUUGUAUACCAGUUCGUCUUCUCGGUGGUGAUUUUGGUGAAUGGGAAGCACACAAAAAUCGAACGAUGAUCUUUUUUUGGGCUGCCACCGAAUGGGAAUAUAUCAAUGAUUAUUAUUUCUGUCAAAUAUCUUUAUUAUUCGGACGUCGACAUCAUAUGACACAUUUGAAAUUAAUAAAUAUUAAAAUAAAUUAUCUACCAAAAACUCGUCAAAUGAAUUCUCCUUCAGUUCGUUUCUAUCCAAAAUGUAAUCAGUUUCUUAAUAUUCGAACAAAUCAAUGUGAAACUCUUGAUAAUCUUCAUAGAAGUUUUGCUUUUAAUUUUUCAUCAACAUUUAUUCCGUUUAAUCAUCGAUAUUUAUCAACUAAAUGUAUAAAUGGUAUUCAACUAAAUCAAUGUAGUUGUCAUAACAACUUCAUUUCAAUCCCUAUCAAUCAAAAAUUCUAUCAUCCAAAAACUUAUAUUCAUCAAUUUUGUACACAUUUAUCAAAUUAUCAAAAUUUUCGUUUAAAUUUAUUAAUCAUCAUAACGUCGAUUCUCUUUGUAUUAUAUAUAAUUAUUUUAAUUAUUUCAUCUAUAUUUAUUUGUACUUAUUACAGACGAAGAGAACACGAAGACAGCGAGAACUCAACGACAAAAUCGAAAUUCAUGAUAAAUCAACGUUUUUCUCUUAUUGAAAUCGCUUCUGAAUUGCAGAUCAAUAGUAAUAAUAAUAAUAAUAAUAAUAAUAAUAAUAGUAGUAGUAGUUGUACAUCGUUUUUGCUUAAAGAUUGA